AUGUCGCCCAAGGCACCAUCUGAACCGUACAUCCCCCGCCCAUUGCCUCAACAGCAGGCGGCGCGCGCGCCUAGGCCGGUGCCUCCGAAGGGGCCGGUCGAUAUUCGGCAGACGACGGAGUAUAAGUCUGCUGUGCGGAAAUGGACGAGCGCGAUUGUGGCGCUGCCCAUUGUGAUGUACACUUCCUGGAUUUUGUAUGAGCGGAUUUAUGGAAAUAAGAGCGUGAAGAAGCUGACGCUGCAAAAGAAGGAGGAGCCCUCUUCCUCAUCCUAG